AUGAUGUCAGAUGAUGAUCAUGAACGCAACUCAUAUCAACCAGCACAAGAUCCUGCUACUGAUAAUGCCCAAUCUUUUCUACCUGAUGCUAGACAGAUCUCAAUUGCUCUUGCUCUUUUUCGACAUAGGCACAGCUUAUCAAAGUCAUGUAUUAAUGAUUUAUGUGAAUUGCUACGCUAUCUUGGUGCUAUUUUACCUGAACCAGAUAAUGAUUGUUCAAGAAUACGCGAUGUUCAGGAAGGUGAAGUACGACGUAAUAUUGCUGUUCAAGAAUUAAUCCGUGAUCCAAGAAAGAAAAUAGUAACACUUCUUUUAAAUAGCGACGGUAUUGUUUUAAAGAAACUGAGUCGUUCAAUUUGGGUUACUUGUAUGAUCAUUAAUGAAUUACCACGAGCUGUUAGAUUUAACAUUAAUAACAUAAUAAUUUGUUCGAUAUCCAUGGGUUGUAGUAAACCUAAAAAACGCGAAUUUCAAAGCUUUAUAGCUGAUUGGGUGUAUGAGUUACGCCAAUUGGAACUUGGUUUUCAUGUGUCUCCACUGAAUUCUAAUAAAAAUUUUGUGAAAAUGUAUGCUUAUCUAAUUGCAGCAACACUUGACAAGCCUGCUCAAGCGCUACUGAUGAAUAUCAAUGAUCCUGUAGGCUUUCACAGUUGUGUUCGAUGUACAAUUAGAGGGAAAUAUGUGCAAAGUGGAAAUGGAACCAUUCGGGUGUUUAUUAAAAGUACAGAAGAUGAUAUUGAAAAUAGAAGUAAUGUGUUGUACGACAAACAUAUUUUUAUAUUAUCAAAAAGAAAAUCAAAAUUAAAACCGAAUGAAAACGAUCAUGCCUGUGGUCAACAGGGUCCCUGUCUCUUACGUGAUCUAUCGUAUUUCAAUGUUGGUCAAUCUUGUGUUGCCGAUUCACUUCGCAACGUUUAUGCUGGAACGUUUGUAAGCAUUCUUUCAUGA